UUUCGUCUGGUAGGUAUCUUGAAAAAGAGACAAGGUUGUUAACUUUAGAGUUUUCAGAAAAAUAAUAAUUUAGAUUACGUACCGUUAAUUUCCGGAUGUUUACAAAUAAUUUGAGAUUGGUUUCACGUUACAUAUACUCUCGCACAAUGACCAACGCAGCAUUAGCCGCUAGAAACAGAAUCGUAUGGAUGGAUCUAGAGAUGACGGGGUUGGACGACACCAAGGACCACAUUCUUGAAGCUGCUUGUCUUAUCACUGAUCAAGACUUGAACAUUGUUGCUGAAGGUCCCAACAUAAUCAUUAAUCAACCUGAUAGUAUUUUAGAUGGAAUGGGAGAGUGGUGUAAAAAAACACAUGGAGAGUCUGGGUUAACAGAAGCAUGUAGAAAUAGUAACAUCAGUGUUGAAGAAGCUCAAGAACAGCUUGUUGAUUUUAUUGGUCGUUAUACAAAUCCCGGAGAAUGCCCGCUGGCUGGGAAUUCCAUUGGUGAAGAUAAAAGAUUUCUGUACAAGUACAUGCCCAAACUCAUAAACCAUCUGCACUACCGGAUAAUAGAUGUUUCAACCAUCAAGGAAUUGGCAAGGAGGUGGAAUCCAGAUGUUUUGAAAAAUGCUCCCCCAAAAUCCUUAACUCAUAGAGCUAUGGAUGACAUAAAAGAAAGUCUGAUGGAACUGAGCUUCUACAAAGCAAAUAUUUUCAAAUGAAAAAACAUUAUUUUUGUAACAGACUACUACCUUUAUUCACACCCACCCACAAAUUGAACUGUAAAUACAAUGCAGUUAUUGGAUUGCUUA